CUUCAAAGCUCCAGAUCGUUUCUAGCUAAAUACAAAUCGACUACAGUUACAUAGAUCUCUGCUCCUCCCACUGAAAUAUUCCUUGUACUUGAUGGCCUUCUGUCUUCUCCAUUCUCGCUGGUCGUUCCUCUCCCUUUGGUUCCCGAAGUUCUAAUGGCAUGGGGAACCACGUGUAGGGCGUUGUAGAGCACAGCCCUCUAUAUAUGCUUAGUACAAGCACCAAAUCCGCACCUCAAACUACUCAACGUGUACGAGCUCUCUGCCUCACCGCGCGCUUUUCUAAUCCCGCCGCCGCUAGCUGCCUCGCUGCUGGUUUGUUGCCUUCUACUACGUACCUCGCCACGCCUGCCUCGGCCCCCCCUACAUGAUGCAGUUCACGCACACUGCGCCACCGCCGCCGCCUCUGCACCCUAACGGACAUGCUGGAGGGCUAGGGCUCGGGCUGUUCCUUGACGUCGGCGCGCCCAGGGCCGCACGCCCCUGGCCGGGGAGCUUCCCGACGCCUGCGUCCAAGAUCUCGCUCGGCAACCUCAACAGCACCAGCUGCAUGGAGCAGCUGCUGGUGCACUGCGCCAACGCCAUCGAGGCCAACGACGCCACGCUCACGCAGCAGAUCCUGUGGGUGCUCAACAACAUCGCGCCGCCGGACGGGGACUCCAACCAGCGCCUCACGGCGGCGUUCCUCUGCGCGCUCGUCGCGCGCGCGUCCAGGACCGGCGCGUGCAAGGCGGUCACCGCCGCCGUCGCCGCCGCCGUCGAGUCGGCCGCGCUCCACGUGCACCGCUUCACGGCCGUCGAGCUCGCCAGCUUCGUCGACCUCACGCCCUGGCACCGCUUCGGCUACACGGCCGCCAACGCCGCCAUCCUCGAGGCCGUCGAGGGCUUCCCCGCCGUGCACGUCGUCGAGCUCGGCACGACGCACUGCAUGCAGAUCCCGACGCUCAUCGACAUGCUCGCCAGCCGGCCCGAGGGGCCCCCGAUCCUCCGGCUCACGGUCGCUGACGUCGCGCCCUGCGCGCCGCCGCCGGCCCUCGACAUGUCCUACGAGGAGCUGGGCGCGAAGCUGACCAAUUUCGCGCGAUCGCGCAAUAUGUCCAUGGACUUCCGGGUGGUGCCCACCACGCCGGCCGACGCGUUCACGUCCCUGGUGGACCAGCUCAGGGUGCAGCAGCUGGUCAUGGACGGGACCGAGGCGCUCGUCCUGAACUUCCACAUGCUGCUGCACACCGUGCCGGACGAGACGGCGGGGUCUGUCAGCCUGACGCAUCCGGUAUCGCUCCGGACCAUGCUCCUCAAGUCCCUCCGGACGCUCGACCCCAACCUGGUCGUGGUGGUUGAGGAGGACGCGGACUUCACGGCGGACGACGUGGUGGGGAGGCUCCGCGCGGCGUUCAACUUCCUCUGGAUCCCGUACGACGCCGUGGACACGUUCCUGCCCAAGGGGAGCGAGCAGCGGCGGUGGUACGAGGCGGAGAUCGGGUGGAAGGUGGAGAACGUGCUGGCGCAGGAGGGCGUGGAUCGGGUGGAGCGGCAGGAGGACAGGGGGAGGUGGGGCCAGAGAAUGCGCAGCGCGGGGUUCCGGGCGGUGUCGUUCGGCGAGGAGGCCGCCGGGGAGGUGAAGGCGAUGCUGAACGAGCACGCGGCGGGGUGGGGGAUGAAGCGGGAGGACGACGACCUGGUGCUCACGUGGAAAGGCCACAACGUCGUGUUCGCGUCGGCGUGGGCGCCGUCGUGAGUUUAUCGGGUGUGGUCAUAUGCAGUUCAGAAGGUGAGUAGGCAUGUAUGUGAUCUUCCAUGGUAUGGAAUUAGGGUUUGUGCUUGUGCAUGAUAUGAAAGAUUAUCUUGUUAUAAAUUGGGUUUA